AUUCAUUACACCACUUAAGGAAACGAAACAAACGUCAUGAAUGUACUCGUUAGGGGAAAGAUUUCGAACUUUUCGUAAUUUCUGGCGAUUGAGGACCUGUAUUAAACUCCAAAUAUGACUUGGAGAGAACGGUUCGAAGUUUUGUGGGAGGUGCUAGUCCGAUUGCCCCCAAUGUUUGUCAUGGACAGUAUUUUAAACAAGUCCUUCUUUCCAGAAUUUACUCUGUUGCGGUAUCAACCAUCGAUGACAUGGAUUGAAUACCUCAUAUGGAUAUUUGUAAUGACAAUUUUUUUUGUUCUGGCUCUGUGUGUGUUCCUGCUCUCGGUUAAUCAGCUACAGGACAUUUACAGCUUCGUUACUCUGCUUGGCCUCCUGUGGACGUCUUACCACUGGAACAACAAGCAUUCCUUGGACGUUAAACACAGCAAUUAUGACAUCAUGCAGAAUGCAAUCACACAGAUAUUUUUAUCCUAUACAUUUACUUAUAUUUGGACUCUGAGGAGAAGAACUUUACUUCGAAGUGAUAUUAGGGCCUGCGUUUCUCUCGGAAUCAUGUCCUCCUUUACGUUUCCUUCAAUUGUCAGUGUAGUGUACCAAGACGGUGAAUAUUCAUCCUGGGUUCUGACAUUGUCUGUGAUGGUACCAUUAUGUGUGAUAGCCAUGGAAGUGUUGAAUUCUUUAAGAGCCAUAGCCUGGACAAUCCGACGGAUGUAUAAUGUGAUAAAGAUAACAAUUAGUGCUAUUGGAAUCCAAGGAUACGUUGAGCAUCACUGGAUUAGACUACGGGUCCCAAAAGUCCUAAGGGUAUUUUGGAUAGCUAGGCUGUUUUAUGAUUUCACCAUUUUGUGUCUUCAAAAUUUUCAUGAAAAAGAAGGGCUUUCUGUGUACUCCGUGGACUACCAUGCUGUUUUUGUUAAAUUAUUUACUCAAAGCUGUGAAAACUUCAUUGCCAUGCUGGGCAUGACGAGUAUUGUGUCCUUCCUGGCACAUCAUGUGGGAAUUUUCUUAGCAUUCUGUGUGGGAUCGGAUUCGGAAGAGGACCGUAACAUGGGUACUGUGUCUGCUAUAUUGUUUUUCAUUCUGGGACUACAGACGGGACUAACGGGAUUAACUCCUGAUGUGCGUCUCACAAGACUCUGCAAGAAUUUCUGUCUGCUUCUGACUGCCAUCUCGCAUUUCAUUCAUAGCAUGAUCCACCCGAUUCUGAUGUCCCUCAGCGCGUCCCAGAGCAGUCACUUGGUGCGACACCUGCGCGUACUUUCGAUGUGCAUUUUUCUCUUGACGUUCCCCACGUGUUUACUUAUGUACCUGUGGAAUCAUUACAGUAUCAGCACUUGGUUGUUGGCAGUUACCGCGUUCAGUGUGGAAGUCAUGUUAAAAGUGAUCGUUUCGCUGACUGUGUACACAUUAUUUCUGUUAGACGCGUACAGGAACACUUUCUGGGAAGGUCUGGAUGACUAUGUUUACUAUAUACAAUCAACAGGAAACACUAUAGAGUUUCUAUUUGGAAUCUUUUUGUUUUGUAAUGGAGCCUGGAUAAUGAUUUUCGAAUCGGGAGGGGCAAUUCGGGCUAUUAUGAUGUGUAUUCAUGCGUACUGUAAUAUAUGGGUGCAAGCAAAGAAUGGGUGGCAAGUUUUUACCAAGCGCCGGACUGCAGUAAACAAAAUAAACUCUUUACCACAGGCCUCUAAAGCAGAACUUGAAUCACUCAAUGAUGUGUGUGCUAUAUGUUACCACGAGUUAAACAAUGCGAGAAUAACGCGUUGUAAUCAUUACUUCCACGGAGUGUGUCUUAGAAAGUGGCUAUAUGUUCAGGACAAUUGUCCGCUCUGUCACAAACUUAUCUAUGCCCCGGAAAAUGUCACAUCCGAGACUCAAGAGAACAAUAAUCAGGAUGAAAACCACUUUGAGGGAGUGAAUCCUGGGGUUGCGGCACCAAAUGGCACCCGAGAUGCUAUAGUACAGCAGCCUAUAAACCCAGUGAUAGGGAGACAAGAGGGAUUAAAUAAUGGAACCUUUCAGCCUGCCAACCCACUAAGAGUUCAUCAAGACUAGCUAAAGAAAUCAUACAAUUUAUUAUAUUCAUACAUGAGCAUCAUUAUCUAUAAUUUGCAUUGAAAAUUGUUAGAUGCAUCUAUCUUUUAAAACCUUAAUGAUUUUGAAAUACAAUUUUUUUUUUUCCAAUGGUAUACAUAUGUUCGAUCUCUAGUGAGAUAUUUGAUGCCUCAUUCACACAUAAAGUUUAAUGGGAAUUAAAUCCUAGAAUGUAUUUUAAUGCACAUUAAAUUUGCAUCAAGUGUACACAGAGAACAUUUGAUGCCUAUUUAAUGUAAUGUAUCUAGGAAAUCAAUUCAUCUUAAACUGCUGUGUAGACACUGAGUGAAUUGAAUUCAAAUCAAAUCUUAACUCAUGAGUAUUUAUAAGAUAAUACUGAAAACUAACAUGAACUUCACCUGAUUGUGAUUGUAUGAAUGUGUUGAUUAUAAGUUGAAAAGAACAAAAAUCGUUUAACAAAAAUUGUAAUGUUUAUAACAAAAUCAUUAUAUGGAUUCAGAGGCGUAAUGUUAUAAGCAUCAUAUUCAAUCUGUAAAAAAAAUACUCCCUGAUAAAGACAACUCUGCCAAUUUAGGGGUUUUUCAUUUUUAAGUAAAGAUCUUCAAUUCUAGUGACAGUUUACACUCUUGUCAAUGUUAUUACAAAGUUGAAUGUUGCUUUGAAAACUUGUGAGAUUGAGAAACAAGAGGGGGUGGGGGGCCUGGCCAUACUAUUUUUUUUUUUACCUUUUACCAUGUUUACAUCUUAAUUUGUAGGAAAUAAUAUAUCUGGUGGGUUCCUGAUACCCAAACACCCCCUUCCCAUUGGGGCCUGCACAUUAGUGAACUAUGUAAAAAUUGAUUCCUAAUUUGAUCAAAAUGAGAGAAAAAUUCAAUAGAAAUGAAGUAAGAUGUAUAAAUGGUUGAAACUGUGGCCAGUGUAAGCUAGCGCCAAGGUGCUGAAUUAGAUGGGUUGUUUGUUUUGUCUGUGAUAUACCCUUUGAAAUAUACAGAUUUUAAAAAAAUAUUAUUUAGGACAGGAUUGGGGCGGUCAAAAUCGCCCUCGGUUUUAACCAGUGGUUUUAACCAUCUCGGUCAAUAUACUCCCCAAGUGGUCAAUACUGGUCAAUUAUGAUUUAAACUGUCCAUUUUCCUAUUUUUGUACAUUUCUUGCAAAGAUAAAGAUAAAUUAAGUCUUUUCAUUAUAUGGAUCAAUUGUUGAUUAAUAUUUUUCAUUAGAUAAUGAAAUGUAAUUUCAUAAGUUUAAUAUAUUUGGUUUGCUGAAACUGACCGAAAUAUCUUCAGUACCAACCAGAGGGUCACAGUUCUAUAGCAUAGCUUGACGAUUGGAGACAGACCUUUUACUACAUGUACCUGGACAGAUUAAGAAUAGAAGAUAGCUGGACAUUACCUGAGCACAGGAAGCAGAGUUGACAGGUGUUAGUAAGCAUACACAGGGACCAGAGAUGACCAGUGUGUCUGUUAUUGUUAUGAAAACAUCACCAACACACCCCCUCAAAUGUUUAUUCAACACUUAAAAUGAAGAUUGAUGAAACAAUACUUAUAUACUAAGUAGUUCUCUUGUUAAACUGAGGAAUUUGAACAGAAACUUUUACAUCUUCCCAAAUUCAACAGUCAUUUGUACAUUAUUUAUUUAAUUUAUGACUUAUAAGUAUAUAUUAUAAACUGAUAGUGCAUGUUAUGAAUUACAGUAUUUACUCUAAUGGUCACUUAAACAUUUAAAAUAAAUAACACAGACUACAGUGACCAAAUAAUCUUCAAUCGACCAGUAUUAACUAGUAUUAACCAGUAUUGACCACCAGCCCGGUCCAUAUUCAUAUUGACCACUUUUUUGCCAACCCUCAUUUGAGAAGAUAGAUUUGAUUUGCUUCAAUUUACUAUCCAUCACUGUUGCAAUGUGAAGGUAACACAAAUUUACUUUGCAAUAAUUGCAUUAAAGGGGUAUGGACACAAUUAGAGCUGAAAAAAAUUCUAAUUUUUAGGUCACCUGAAUUCAUUCAGGUGACCUAUUGCUAUCUGUUUUUGUCCGUCGUCGUGCAUUAACAUUUGAACAUUUUCAGCUUCUUCUCUGAAACCCCUGAACCAAUUUCAACCAAUUUUGGCAUAUAGCAUCUGUAGGUGGAGGGGAACAAAAAUUGUGAAAUUCGUGUUCCCUGCCCCCCUGGGGCCUGAGGGGUGGGGCAAAAACCAUCAAAAUGAGUGUAAUUUUAAAAAAUCUUCUUCUUUAAUCCUGGACAUCAAGAAGCCAAACUGUGGGCAUAAUUAUAAUGAGCAUUGAGCCCUCUACCAAAAUUGUGAAAUUCAUGGCCCCUGGGGCAGGGGUUCUUGUGUUAGGGUGGGGCUCUAUUGGUCAUAUAGUGAAAAUGUAGAAAUUCUUUGAAAACCUUCUCUGUCUCUGGGUAUUAAGUAGACAAACUAAUAGCAUGGUAAUGAUGAGCAAGGAUGCCUCUUUAUACCCCCCGCAACAAGUUGUGGGGGGGAUUACUGGAAUCGGGUUGUCCGUCCGUCUGUAGACGCAAUGGUUUCCGGGCUCUAAAGCAUUAUCCUUUCCACCUACCGUCACCAUAUCAUACAUAUGGACUACCCAUGGGAUAAAGAUGUUCCCUAUCGAUUUUGGGGUCAAAAGGUCAAAGGUCACGUGCACUGGACAUUGAAGUAGCAAUAUGGUUUCCGGGCUCUAAAGCGUUAUCCUUUCCACCUACAGUCACCAUAUCAUACAUAUGGACUACCCAUGGGAUGAAGAUGUUCCCUAUAGAUUUUGGGGUCUAAAGGUCAAAGGUCAUGCGCACUGGACAUCGAAGUAGCAACACUCAGAAAAGAGGUAGUUUAUACCUAUUACCAACACCCUUUGGGAGAUUGGGGUAAGCGGGGGGUAUUCUUAGUGAGCAUUGCUCACAGUACCUCUUGUUAAAAUUGUGAAAUUCAUGGCCCCUGGAUCAGGGGUUCUGGUGCUAGGGUGGGGCUCUAUAAGUCAUAUAGUGAAAAUGCAUUAUUUCUUUGAAAAUCUUCUUCUCUGUCCUUGGGUAUUAAGUAGACAAACCAAUAGCAUGGUUAUGAUGAGCAAGGAUGCCUCUUUCAAAAUUGUGAAAUUCAUGGCCCCUGGGUCAGGGGUUCUGGUAUUAGGGUGGGGCCCUAUUGAUCAUAUAGUGAAAAUGCAUUUUAUUUCUUUGAAAAUUUUCUCUGCUGCUGGGUAUUAAGUAGACAAACUAAUAGUAUGAUAAUGAUGAUCAAGGAUGCUUCUUUCAAAACUGAAAUUUAUGGCCCCUGGGUCAGGGGUUCUGGUGCAAAGGCGGGGCUGACCACAUAGCUAUUCAAUGUUUCUUCCAUCCAAAAGUAAAAUUCUUAUAUUUAAACACAAACCUAAUUCAAACAUUGGAAGGUUGUUACAUGAUACUCAGGUGACCUAUAAGGCCCCUGGGCCUCUUGUUAAUGUUCACAAGAUCAAAAUAAAAUGUAUGUGUUUUCCGGUUUCCCGACUCUACCUACUUUUUGCUACCAACCCUGAAGAUUUUACUGACAGUAUAUAUAGAUAAUAUUUUUAAAAUGUGCAAUUUUUAAACUGGAAUUUUUUUCUUUUUGCAUUUGAAAUUCUCUGAUUUACAUUUUGACUACUAUUGAUCUUCAAAAUGUUUGAAAAGUAAUUGUAAUAUAUAUAGACAUGUAUUCAACAUGUUCAAAGUGUAUCAAAAACUAAGAUUUCGAAUAAAAUGUUUCAAUGAAAUAAAAUGUUUUACCUACCUACCCUACCAAGUAUUUUGGGGAGUGAAAUAGGAAACACACAUAUUUUAUUUUGGUUCUGUGCAUAACUAUUAUUUCUAAUGGACAGCAAAAAUUGGAAUGUCAGUUGUCAAGUUACAAGAGUGAUACAGAGCUCACAGUUUUUUGUUACGUAAACAAGGCUUGUGUUGUGUUUUUGUUUACAUUGGUUAAAUAUACUUGUAAAAGUUUUGUUUAAAUUAGAUUUUUAAAUUCACAAGUUAAUUCUGAUCACAAUUAAACAGUUUCUAGUGUUUAGCACUUAUCGUUUUGUUUUAAACAUGAUAUUUUCUAAUAAGCAAUCAAUAUGUAAACACAAACAUGGCAUGAGUCAUGAAUUUGAAAACUUUCAGUUUAAAUCGUGCCCUGCCCCUUUAAGACAAUAUCAAAUUAAUGCAAAGUAAAAUUGAACGUAACUUUAAGACAUUCUGUAAUGUUAUUUUUGUAACGUAACUUUAAAGGGACUGGUUCACGAUUUUUGAUAAAAAUAUUUUUCAUUUUUGAUGUUAAACAUUGAAAAUAUAACUCAUUUAAUGUUGAGAGCCAAAAUUUUUACCUUCUGAAUGCAAGAAUAAAAGCAGUAUUUUAGCCUUAAAUCUGUGUUAUGUAAACAAAGACUCGAGUCUUUUUCUGUAUACAAAGAAAGACGUGAAAUAUUAAAUUUGUUAUAUAAAGCAUCUUAAUUUUGCAUAGUCACAAAUUUUUACUUUUAGAUAACACAUUUUACCCCCAACAUGCUUGAAAUGUGAAAGAUAUAAUAAAUUUAGAUCGAUAUCCAUUUAUUUUAAAAAUUUCGUAAACAAUAACAUACUGCAAUAUUUGUUUACAAAACAAAUAUUAAACUCUCUAAAAUGAGCUGUGAUAAUGUAUAACCUUAAUUUUUAUGUGAAAUCUUUUAAACACAUUAGACAGUAGAUUUUGAUCAUUAAAAGUGAAAAAGAAGAUUUUGGGGAAAAUCGUGAAUCAGUCCCUUUAAGACACUUUGAGACAUAAUUCUGUAAUGUUAUUUUUGUAACGUAACUUUAAGAGAUGAUUCUGUAAUGUUAUAAAAUGAACGUUACUUUGAGACAUUCUGUUAAUGUUAUUUUUUGUAAACCUGAUCUCCUUUGUUUUAAUAUUUCUUUGUUUGUAAACAAAAGCUUAAAUUUAUUUAAGGGAUUGUUAUCAGUAAUUUAGAAUUUGAAAGUUAUUGUAUUAUUGAUCAAGAUAGAUUAUCGAUUCUGUUUUUUAUGCUCGAUCUUAUUCAAUCAUGUUCAGUUAUGUGUAAUAUUACAACAGAUUCACCACUUGGAGCUGAAUUUAAAUCUAAAACUCCACUAAUUAACAAUGACAAUGCUUAAGAGAAGUGUGUGAAUAUAAAAUUACACAUAGCGUAUAUCUGCUUGUAUUAUGAAUUCAUCUUUGAGUCUAACCAACUCUCUCUUUAUCUUUCUCUCUAUCUUAACAAUAAUUUUCUUCUAUCAAGGUUGAAAAAAGGUUCCAAUUUAGAAAGUAUUUGGAAUUUGAUAGUAAUUUGGUAGACAAAAUUUCCUAAUAUCACAGGCAACACUCUUCUCUUUGCAAUGAACGAACAAUGAACUAGGUACGAUAGAAAUGCCAUGCGGAGAUGAAGACAUAUAUCAUGUGACAUGUUAGAGAUAAAUAAGGGAGAUAAUUCUGACUGUAAAGCUUACAACAUACAACCAUGAAUUCAUGCUUUAUCCAUUUUGAAAGAUUUAAGAUUGGAUUUAAGAGGACUGAAUUACUAGUAAUUUGUGAUCUUUCAGUUAUUUCCCACAAUAAUUUUUGAGCAAUGUUAUAGUUUGCCAUUACUACCCCUGACUUGUUGUACAGGUUUUUACAUACAUUAGUAAGUAGUAACACAUCUCCAUAAGUGUUAACCUUUUAUAAGUGUAUUGCACAGUGAAUCUUUGUCAGAUUACUGUAAUAAGUUGUUUCAGUUGUCUGAAUAGGCAGUGAAUAGAUAUCUUAUAAUCAAAUUAAAAAUCUCCAAGGAUUUUUUUUUUAUGUGAGUAAAUCAGAUUUAUUUUUUUUUCAUUAAAGACAUCUGCCUGUAAAUACUGUAAACCAAAUUGUAUUCGCGUGCGAGAUUAGCGAGAACCUCAUCGUCGCAAAUAUUUCUCCUCGAAGCAGUCCUUGAAAAGGUGUCUAUCAACUGUAAUAAAAAAGGCUCGAUCGCGAAAAGUACUUGCCGCGAACCAGUUUACCACAGGUGAAUCGCGAAAAUAAAAUAGCCGCGAAUAGAAGGUGGUUUACUGUAGUUUUUGAAGUUUUUUUGUUUUUUGUUUUUUUGUUUGUUUUUUUCACUAGAAUAUUUGCAUUGAAGUAUUUGCUCAAGAGCAACAGGUCAGGAAACUAGUCGACAUAUUCACCAGUGUCAUAUUCUCUAUCCUACGCUACUUAAUUUAUGCCGAUUGAACGGAGCACGGUUCCGUUAAUCUGUUUGUUUUGAAAAUUAGUAUUAUUUAUUUGGAUGUCGUGUAUACUUCAUGUCAAUGUAUUCUGUACAUUGUUUGUGUCAAACUGAGACCAUCGUUAAACAUUCACUAUUACACAAUAAUGAUGGUGCAUUUCUUGAAUGAUAGAAAACUAUGUCUGCUUUGUUACCUUGAAGAUAUUUGAAAUCAUU